CCGUUUCAGUUCAGCGGUGAGGCACUUUCUCUCUUCUUCCUCUAAUUUUCAUUCUUUGUACUUUCUCUCCUUCACAAUCACAACCCAUAAGUCCCAUGGCCGUGACCAGCUGGAAGUAAGCUGCAUGUGGGUCAGAUAGACCAACGUUUCUUCUAUCUGUUUCAUGGGAUUAGCCAUCACCGUGGCAUUACCUAACUGUGGAACUAAGUUCUUGCCAAGGAGGAAGGGUGCUUUCGCCCUUGCCGUUUGCUUCGAGUUUUGUUCUCUCUGUCAUUUCCUUCAUCCUGCUCGGCCUUCAUUGGUCAGACGUCAAAGAUUUUCCAGGACAUGGACAACAGUUAGGAGCUCGGUUGGUGGGAGCAGAACAGAUCCACCAUCCGGUUCUUCGAGUAAUAAAAGCUCCACACGUCCAAGACUACUCAAAGCCAUACAAGAUCUCAGAACUAAACUUCUGGUGAAAAUUCAGGAGAUAAAGAAAGAUCUCCCCAAGAAACUGCUCUUUCUCUUGGUGGGAUUUUACUCUGCAACUGCUUUCUCUACGUUUAUAGGACAAACAGGAGACUGGGAUGUUUUAUCCGCUGCAUUGGCUGUGAUCGUAGUGGAAUGCAUCGGAGCUUUAAUGUACAGAGCAUCCAUUCCUUUAAUCAACAAGAUGCGGAGCAUGAUAACCAUGUUUAACUAUUGGAAGACUGGACUCGCCCUUGGACUGUUCCUUGACUCGUUCAAGUUUUAGCUCAGACCUUGGAAGGGGCAACACAACCGAGAAACCUGGCGCUCUAGAAUGGACAGUGACCAGCAAAAUUUGACAAGCUGUGUCUCCUUUUAUGCCAUGAAGGUUGUCAAGACUUAAACUCAGGUCACUGCAAGACAUGGGAUCAUCAAACCCUCUGAUCUACACAAGGCAAGUCACCUGCAAACAGUGCUAGAGUCGUGUCUGUAUAGCCUUGUCUGUAUUUGGUUGCAUCGUUGCAGAUGGUUACGUUUAAUAUAAGCAUUGAUUCUCUGAGUUAUUUUCUCCCAUUUAUAUAUAUAUUUUUUUUCAAGAUAACAGAUCAAUUAGCUUCAACUUGAAGUAUCACAAGCUCACAAACAUCUUAUGGACCCAACACAAGUAUCUAACAAACCUUCAGAAUAACGGAAGAAGACAGUGAUGAUUCGACGUCGUAUUGAAUAUCUCUCGCUUAGGCGGUUCUUAAACACCUUCCAAAAGUCCCACAUCGGUAAGACAGAGAAACGUUAGUAUAACCUUAGCACUAUAAAAGAGAAGCGAAGCCCAACUCACAAAUCAUACCUUUCUCGGCCUUUUGGCUAAGAUCAAGUGUAGUAUCUGUUCUUAUCAGUUUAAUAUCUGAUAUGUGGGCCAUCGGUCCGCUCGAUAUUAACUCUAUUUUUUAAGGGAGAAAGCCCACUAAGAUAGCUUGCUAUCUGGGCUUUCAAGAGUCGUCCAUGCGUUGCACUAUUGCACGGACUGGCUCAACCCGCC